AUGCCUGAAUCACAGAUUGAUAUGAAGGCCCUAAGAGCCAAGUUUCCAGCGCUGCAGCAGAAACAAGUGUUUCUGGACAAUGCCGGAGGGAGUCAGAUUCUAGGGACCGCGGCAGACUCUAUACGGGACUAUUUACUUACCGCAAAUGUUCAAAUGGGUGGGACAUACGAGGCAGGAAAGAUCGCCACCAGCAAGGUGAACAAAGGGAACGAAGCAGGUGCGCGAUAUAUUAAUGCGCUGCCUGAUGAGGUUGUCUUCGGCGCCUCGUCAACCCAGCUUCUGCGGAACCUCGCACUGGGCCUCACCUUUGCACCAGGUGACGAGAUCAUUGUAUCGGCCCUCGACCACGAGGCAAACAUUGCCCCUUGGCUCGACCUAGCACAAAGACAAGACCUCCAAGUCGUCUGGUGGAGUCCUGAAGAUCAAGGUCACAGUCCCAAGCUCACUGCUGAGAACCUUAAGCCGCUUUUAUCCGACAAGACUCGGUUCCUCGCAUUUACGCACUGCACCAACCUUCUUGGAACAAUCCACGAUGUGAAAGCUAUUGCGGCAGCUGCGCAUGAACAUUCCAAUGUCUUGGUCUGUGUAGAUGGUGUUGCGUAUGCGCCCCAUCGAGCUCUUGACAUGAAGGAUCUCGGAGUUGACUUUUACUGCCUCUCGUGGUAUAAAGUCUUUGGACCGCAUAUUGCCAUGCUGUAUGGAAGUCGUCAAGCCCAGAAACAGCUUCGUCCUUUGGGCCACUACUUUAAUGCUGCCGAGACCCUAUCAGAUAAGCUUGGUUUUGCGGCUGGAAGCUAUGAGCUGAUAGCCAGCAUCUCCACAGUAGUCGACCACCUUUUCGAACAAGGAUGGGAUGAGUGCAUUCAGCAAGAGACGGAGAUCCAGAGUUUGCUGCUUCAUUAUCUGACGAAACGAGAUGAUGCGAUAAUCUACGGAGAGCCAAGCUCCGACCCCAAGAGUCGAGUUCCUAUAGUCAGCUUUACCAUCAAUGGCUGGAACUCUCGAUCUGUUGUAGCAGCCAUCGAAGCAAACUCCAAUCUCGGCUUGAAGCAUGGCCACUUUUACUCUCACCGCCUGGUCAAGGAUAUUCUUGAUUUGGAUACGGCGGAUGGUGUUGUGCGAGUGAGCAUGGCGCAUUACAAUACUCGUGAUGAGAUUGAGACCGUUAUAUCUAUUCUACAAGAUGUUAUCACUAAACGAUGA